AACUCACACAGGUGAGAAGCCUUUUUCCUGUAACAUUUGUACCAAGAAGUUUACUCAAAAGAGUCAUUUGACUUCUCAUAUAAGAACUCACACAGGUGAGAAGCCUUUUUCCUGUAACAUUUGUACCAAGAAGUUUACUCAAAAGAGUCAUUUGACUUCUCAUAUGAGAAUUCACACAGGUGAGAAGCCUUUUUCCUGUAACAUUUGUCACAAGAAGUUUACUGUAAAUAGUAGUUUGACUACUCACAAGAGAAUUCAUACUGGUGAGAAACCUUUUGAAUGUCUGUCCUGUGGAAAAAGCUUUACUGAGAAAUCUACUCUUGAUCAACACAUCAGAAUUCACUCAGGUGAAAAGCCUUUUUCCUGUACUAUUUGUCACAAGACCUUUACCGUAAAGAGUAAUUUGACUUCUCAUAUGAGAAUUCACACAGGUAGGAAACCUUUUGUUUGUCUGUUCUGCGGAAAAAGCUUCACUAAGAAAGCUACUCUUGAUCAACACAUCAGAAUUCACACAGGUGAAAAGCCUUUUUCCUGUACUAUUUGUAACAAGAAUUUUACUGUAAAGAGUCAUUUGACUUCUCAUAUGAGAAUUCACACUGGUGAUAAGCCUUUGUAAUGUCUGUCCUAUGGAAAAAGCUUCACUAUAAAAUAUAAUCUCAAUAGACACAUCCAAAUUCACAGGUGAGAAGCCUUUUGAAUGUGUUUCCUGUGGAAAAAAGCUUCACCAAAAAAUCUUAUCUUGAUACACACCUCAGAAUUCACACAGAAGAGAAGCCUUUUCCUGUACCAUUUGUGGCAAAAGAUUUACUCUAAAAAGUCUUUUAACUAGACAGGUAAUUCACAUGAGAGAGAGUGAGUAGCUGUUCCCCUUAAUGAUUUGUGACAAAGGUUUCAAACAUUAAGGUAUUUUGAGUAUUUAGAUUACAUUUAUUCAUGCAUGAUGGGAAAUGAUUUACAUCUUUAAAAAACAAACAUUUGGUUCACAUAAGUCGCAGCAGUUAGAUGCCACAGGAAUGAACAGUAGAGGCGGUUUCAUAUUUGUCUGGUGAUAAAAUGUCUAUCUAAAUACUCCACCUCAUUUCAUAUGAAACUCACGUUUCGAAGAGCAGAAAACCAUUGAUUUACAGCUGUUUUUAUAUAGAAACUAGAACUGAUAAGGUGUUAUAUUGUAAACCUGGUAGAUAUUGAGGUUGUGGGUGAUUAUGUGGAUGUGAACAUUUUAAGUUAAUUAUUUUGGGUCUGAGUUUAUUGGAUUUAAAUGCCAAAAAUUGUUGCCCUAAGAAAAAAAAAGGGUUUACAUUUAUGAUUUCUUAAUUACUAUCUACUGAAGGGAAUAAACACAAUAAAGUGCAACAACAGCAUCCUGGCUACAGAUGAAGCAAGUUAGCAUCCAUACAACAAGCAAUUGAGAAGUUCUAGAUAUUUAAAUUGAAAAAAAUCCAGACAGAGCCCUGCUGUGCCAUCUUGACAGGGGCGUAGGAUUGAUUUUAACUUUGAUAGAGACACUAUUGGUCUGAUGUCAUUGGUCCUAUGCAAAAAUAUGCAUGCUUGUUUUUUUAUGCUUGACGUGAAAAUCAGGGUGUAUUUCAUUUAAAGAGAAAAG